CGGAGACAGCCGUGUGUCUGGGAAUCGGUGCUCUUGGCCUCUGGGCCCCAAGGUCACUGGGAAGGGCAGGCUCCGCGCACCUGCAGCCGAGGAUGACGUGGCAUCCCUGAGGUGGCCCUCCCAGCAGCCGGACCCACCCUGGGCAGCUCCCCACAUGGUCAGGUCUGAAGACCUCGAGGAGCCAGGCCCCUGGGGGAAGGCCCGCAGCCUGCCCAUGUGGUCCACAGGCCCGGAGGUCAGGGAUGGCGACAGCUCGGUGUCAUCGGGCCGCCUCUCGGGUUCUUCGGGGGGCCAUGAAGUGUGUGUGUCCUGGAAGGAGAGGCCCCCUCAGGUGUUGGGGCCCCGGUGGCGGCCCAGAAAGAGUGACCCACGGCUGGAGCAGCUGAGAGACAAGAUCCGGGCCCAGGCGUGGCAGCAGGGGAGCUGUGCAUCCCUGGGCACCUCAGCCCCCUCCAGCACCUCCAGACGCCACAAAGCCUCCGUGUUGGCGCUUAGGAGGAAGACCCAAGAGGCAAAAAAUCCCCCUCCAGCCCCUGAAUGCUCAGUUCUAAGGGAAAAACCCAAAAGGGCCAAGAGCAGUUCUUGCAAAAGAGAGAAGACUCCGAAGUCACCCUACCCUAGAAGACCAGCCAAAGACAAAGACAAAGACGAAGAUUCGGAGCUGGUUGGUGUUUACGCCUGGAGAAAGGGACAAGCUCUGGUGAGGUCGCUGCUUGGGCCCCCUCCCGUCCUCCGCAGGCUCCAUAGCAAGGAUCCCUGGAGAGACCCGGCUCUCACCGUGGACUUAGGAGACAGCGAGAAAGUCACAGCUGCCGAGUGCUCACCGGUUUGUGCCCAGUGUCCCGGUGCCACAUCCGCCCACAGUGACCAGCAGGUGUCCGGGAACACACCCAGCCUGGCUUCCUUCGACCAGCCGGCGACCAUCCAGACGGCCAUGGCCAUCCUACGAGACCUGCGCCAGCAAAUCCAGGCUGGUCUAGAACUGGCCCAGACCCGCAAGGGAGGGCAAGAGCUGAGGCCAUCAAAGCAGAGGCUGCAGGACGUGGCAAGGAAGGGCCCCUGCAGGGACCCCAGUGCCCAGAUAUCCUUCUCUAAGAGUCCCUGGGCCAUGACGGAGGGGAAGCGUUCCUCUUCAGAGAGGGCUAGGAGUUUCCACAGCUGGGAGCCCUGGAGCUCCUCCAUUGGACGGGAGUCCUGUCCGCAGAGGGCCUGGGAGACCCAAGGACAGGACCGCUCCUUCCAGAGGCCGGAGAGUCCCCAUGAGACGCUGGGCCACUUCUCCCGGCGGCCCUGGAGUGCGUUGGCUGGGCAGGCCUGCAGUUCGCAGAGGGCCUCGGGGGCCCAAAGACAGGGCCCCUCCUCCCAGAGGCCGGGGAGCCCCCCUGAAAAGCGGAACCCCUUUCGAACCCAGCAGUCCUGGCGUGCCGCAGCCACGCAGCCCUGUCCACAGAGGGCCUGGACUGCCUGUGAAGACUGGGAGGCCCUUGGCCCCAGACUGUGGAAUCCUCUGGAAAGGCCCAGUCCUCCAGCACAGCGGCCCUGGAGCAGCUCCAGCAUGCAGAGGGCCGGCCCCCCGGGCAAGGGCAGAGGCAUCGGCUCCCCUGCCUCGGGUGCCAAGCAUGCCCUGCCAAGGCCCACUGGGAGCUUCCCUCAGAACCCACCUGGGAAGGAGAAGGACGUGCUACGGCCCUGCCCCAGGCCCCGGGGUCUCCUGGGACCCUCACACAGCUCCGAGUCCUUGCGGGAGUUCAUGCGCCAGAAGGCGCAGGCCCGGCGGCGGCAGGCCCUGGAGGAGAAGGCCUCGGCUCUGCGCACACAGGAGCUGAGGAGCCGGAGGCUGCAGGAGGUCUACCGGCAGCAGAGGGAGGCCGUCCUUGGCAGGGCGGUCCCCGUGGUCUCCCGGACCACCCCUGGCAUCGUGACCUUUGUCCCCAGUUCUGCGCAGUCCGCGGGCCUGGAAGCCUCCGGGAGCCUGGAGUCCCCGGUGCUGGAGUGGAGCAAAGUGACUUCUGGCGUGGUGCUGGGGGGCCAGGAAGCCCCAGGCAGCUUCUGCCUGUGUUUGAACAGAGCCUGGAACCGUGCUGAGACUCUAGAGACCCCAGGGAUAGGGGGCCCCCAAGAUGAACGGGAUGCCCCGGUACUGCUGUCAGCCUCACCCUCUCUGGGAUCCCUGGAGCCCCAGGACCUGACCACCCACUACCUACCCCGCGGGCUGUGCAUCUACCUGGACCCGAAGGAGGCCGAGCACCUGGGCACUUCCAGCCCCCUGCACCUCCAACAUAAGCAGGCGCGGCUGCAGGCGCUAGAGACCACGGCCAAAGUCCUCAAGCAACGGGUCGACAGCCUCACUGCCAAGCUGCAGGAUGCCGAGGCACCGGACACUGUCGGGGACCUAGCUGCCAGCCUGCUGCGCUUACGUGCCCACACCCUGCCUGCCGCCCCCACGUUCACCGCCCCAGCCUGCCCUGGAGCCUUGGGGCCCAACGGGGGCAGAGGGGCACCUGGGGAAUGGGCGAGCGUGCAGCCCCAGCCCCUUCUCCCUGCCACCUACUUCCUGGACGACGAGACACUGCCGUGGGGUCCCAGCUGGGAGCAACAGCGGAGUGUGAGCCCAAGGUCCCCCCACGAGAGCAAGCCCCGAGGUUUCCCAGAGGAGGGACACGUGGAUAUGAAACUGGACAAAAGGCUGCAGAGAGGUGUGGCCCCCUUCCAGGCCCUCAGCCCCUCUGCGGGGAGCUCACACGCGGGCCCAGCCACGCUGCACCCUAUCUGGGGCUCCCUACGACUGGAGGAGAUGCCGUCGGCUGGAGGGGCAGACUCUGUGGCGCCCUGGACCCCCCAGAGCUGCGGUAAGGGUGACCCUGCAGACAGGCCCUGGGCUGGCUGGUCGGGUGGCCAGGGGCAUCUGCUGAGAACCCCUUCCACUGCCUAGCACUCGAGCUUGGCCCUGUGGGGUAGAGAAAUACUUUUCCACGUGGAGAGCAUCCACGCCUCGUUAUUAAAGGUUUUGGAGGCUUUCGGGACCCUCUGCGUGCUCUGUGCUCGCCACGCCUGCAGUGAUGGGGGCUGGGUGGAUGAGACCCACGUGCUUAUUUCAUGACAGCCAUGCCCCAUGCCGCUGUGCUCAUCCCACCUCCCAGGGCGCUUCCUUACAGUCCCAUCAGCCUGGAUUCGACUUUUUUUCCUGCUACUGAGUCUUUUCAUCCUGGGUUUCCAACAAGCAGUGCCCACUGCCUGGUGCCCAAGGGACCCAGCAGUUGCUGAAGCCCUGGGCUUGAGGCCCUUGUGCUGGCGUGGGCUGCGCUGUGGGACCCUCCUGGCAGGUGGGCUUGGCAGGGCAGCUGGAGGGGCUGAUGCAGCCAUGGGAAGUGAGUAUGGACUCAGAAGGUGGGGGACCCCUUUUGCUGCUUCAUCGUUGUCUGUUGAUAUUCUUCAGAGGAACAGAUUUUGAGCAUUGGA